GCUUUUCCCUCCCUCGUUCCAGGAAGCUCUCUUGGAUGCCCCCUGAAGACCAUAUGGCUCUGUAUGAUGAAGAUCUCCUGAGAAACCCUUUCUACCUGGCCCUUCAGAAGUGGCGCCCGGACUUGUGCAGCAAGGUGGCCCAGAACCAUGGCGUUGUCUUAGUACCCUGCAGAGGAAGUCUGCCCAGCAGUGUGCAGGCCUCCUGCCAAUUUGAGUCCUACAUUUUGGUACCCACGGAAGGACACUUUCAGACCUUAAAUGGAAAGGAUGUCCUCGUUGAAGGGAACAGGAUUAAGCUAGGGGCCGGGUUUGCCUGCCUUCUCUCUGUGCCUGUUCUCUUUGAAGAGACUUUCUACAACGAAAACGAAGAGAGCUUCAGCAUCCUUUGCAUCGCGCAUCCUCUAGAGAAGAGAGACACUUCAGAAGAACCUUCAGCACCCUCGGAUCCCUUUUCCCUGAAAACCAUUGAAGACGUGAGGGAAUUUUUGGGAAGACACUCGGAGAGGUUUGACAAGAACAUCGCGUCUUUCCACCGGACGUUCAGAGAAUGCGAAAGAAAGAGCCUCCGUCACCACAUAGACUCCGUAAAUGCCCUCCACACCAAAUGCCUGCAGCAGCUUCUCCGAGACUCUCACUUGAAGGUUCUUGCCAGGCAGGAGGCCCAGAUGAACCUGAUGAAGCAGGCAGUAGAGAUGUACGUCCAUCACGAUAUUUACGACCUCAUCUUUAAAUACGUGGGGACCAUGGAGGCCAGCGAGGAUGCCGCCUUUAACAAAAUCACCAGAAGCCUUCAAGAUCUUCAGCAGCGAGACAUUGGCGUGAAACCGGAGUUCAGCUUUAACAUCCCUCGUGCAAAGAGAGAACUGGGACAGCUGAACAAGUGUGCAUCCCCACAGCAGAAGCUGCUGUGUCUGCGGAAAGUGGUACAGAUCAUGACACAGUCCCCCAGCCGGAGAGUGACCGUGGAGACCAUGUGUGCUGACGAUCUUCUUCCUGUCCUCCUGUACCUGCUUGUGAAAACCGAGAUCCCAAACUGGAUGGCAAAUUUGAGUUACAUCAAAAACUUUAGAUUUAGCAGCUCGGCCAAGGAUGAGCUGGGAUACUGCCUGACCUCCAUCGAGGCUGCGAUCGAAUACAUCCGUCAAGGAAAUCUCUCCACGAAGGCGCCCGACGCCGAGGGAUUUGGUGACAGGCUGUUUCUCAAGCAGAGGAUGAACUUACUGUCCCAGAUGACGUCAACGCCCAUUGACUGCCUGUUUAAGCACAUUGCGUCUGGUAACCAAAAAGAAGUGGAAAGGCUGCUGAGCCAGGACGACCAGGACAAAGACGCCAUACAAAAGAUGUGCCACCCGCUCUGCUCCUGCGAGGGCUGUGAGAAGCUUGUCUCUGGGAGGUUGAAUGACCCAUCAAUUGUCACACCGUUCUCCAGAGACGACAGAGGUCAAACACCCCUCCAUGUCGCUGCCCUCUGUGGUCAGGCGACCCUCAUUGACUUCCUCGUCUCCAAAGGUGCCAUAGUGAACGCCACGGACUAUCAUGGGUCCACUCCUCUCCAUCUGGCGUGUCAGAAAGGAUUCCAGAGUGUGACGCUGCUGUUGCUGCACUACAAGGCUAGCACUGAGGUGCAGGACAACAACGGCAACACCCCGCUGCACCUGGCCUGCACCUAUGGGCACGAGGACUGCGUGAAGGCUCUGGUCUACUAUGAUGUCCAGUCCUGCAGAUUGGAUAUUGGCAAUGAGAAAGGAGACACGGCUUUGCACGUUGCUGCACGCUGGGGUUACGAGAGCAUCAUAGAGACGCUGCUGCAGAACGGAGCCCCCACAGCGGCCCAGAACAGACUGAAAGAAACGCCACUCCAGUGUGCACUGAACUCGAAGAUUCUGUCUAUCAUGGAAGCUCACCGCCUGUCCUCUGGAAAGCCAAGGCCAUCUGAGGUCCCUGCACGGUCCCCCACUCGCUCUGUGGAUUCCAUCAGCCAGGACUCCUCCACCUCCAGCUUUUCUUCCAUAUCGGCAAGCUUCAGGCAAGAAGAGGUCAGAAAGGACUACAGGGAGGUAGAAAAGCUUCUCAGAGCAGUCGCGGACGGGGAUCUAGAAAUGGUGCGUUACCUUCUGGAGUGGACGGAGGAGGACCUGGAUGAUAUGGACGAGGCCAUCAGCGCGGUGGAUCUUGAGUUCUGUCACCCCUUGUGCCAGUGCCCCAAGUGUGCUCCAGCUCAGAAGAAACUGGCAAGGAUUCCUGCCAGUGGCCUUGGUGUCAAUGCGACCGACCAGGACGGCUUCUCUCCCCUGCACAUGGCUGCCUUGCAUGGCCGGACCGACCUCGUCCCCCUCCUCCUGAAGCACGGUGCCCACUCGGGUGCCAGGAACACAAGCCAAGCCGUCCCGCUCCACCUGGCCUGCCAGCAGGGCCACUUUCAGGUGGUGAAAUGUCUCUUAGAUGCCAAUGCAAAACCUAAUAAAAAGGACCUUGGUGGGAACACGCCUCUCAUCUAUGCCUGCUCUGGUGGCCAUCAUGAAGUGGCUGCACUGUUGCUACAGCGUGGGGCCUCCAUCAACGCUACCAACGAGAAAGGCAACACGGCCCUGCACGAGGCUGUGAUGGCAAGGCAUGCCUUGGUGGUGGAGCUGCUUCUGUUCCACGGAGCGUCUGCUGACAUCCUGAACAAGAGGCAGUACACGGCUGCGGACUGCGCAGACCAGGACUCGAAAAUAAUGGAGUUGCUGCAGGUAGUGCCAGGUUGUGUUGCAUCCUUAAGCAGUGCCGGGGAGACGGACGGCAAGGACUGUGUGACCGUUCAGAUCAGGAAGAAAUGGAACCCCAAAAUGUACGACCUGCCGGAAGAACCAUUUAGGAGGCAGUUUUGUCUCGCUGGCCCCGGGCCCUUUCCAGUGACCAGAGAAGUCACGGGAAAGCAGAAUGGCCUGCCAGGCCAGAGCAGCUAUCAGAUCUCUGAGGAAGGAAACAGUGGCUCCCAGAGAGGCCUGUGCCGAGGCCGGCUGGUCCGCGGGCAUACGGUCGCCGAUGCAGCCAGACCUCAGGUCCCAGAGGUGACUGGCCACCUGACCACCCAAGAGGCUGGUGUUUCUCAGGGUUAGCAGUAAGGGACUGGUAAACCUGCCACUGAGACACGAGUCUGCGUGGGUGAGCAUGGGGACUGUGUCGAGCUACGUGUACUUUCAAUAGCCAGCUUGAGAGAUGGCCCCUUGGAUUUACUGCCCUCGCCCCCCUUCAAAGCUAACUAGCAAACUUGGAACGGAGUGGGAGGGAGGGAGCAAGCCCCUUUCACCUUCGUACUUGGGUUUCCUGGUCACGGGCAGCAGCUUCACCGCCAGUUCUGACCUCCUCGGGCUGGAAGGCGCUAAAUGCCUGUGGUCUGAUGAGCAGGCCGACCUUGUGCUAGAAGGAUCCCCGUGUCCGGAAGUCCGAGAAGCGGUGUCAGUCCCGUGGCACUGCGCAUCCUGUCAGGAUGAAGUACAGAACCUGCAAACACUCAAACUGGAAACUGCCCGAACGCCAUUUUGAUGUUCGUCCCAGUGAAGAGGACCUACCAUUCUGCCUUGUCCUACACCGCACGCACGGGAAGAGUUGGCUGUCACUCACUUUCCCAACACAGGCCCUCGGGUCACUGCACGCGCACUCCUGGCAGGUUUCUGCUGGGACCCUCCCCGACCCCGCACGGCUGACGACGGUCACCUGAGAGCAGCUUUGGCACAUCUCAAGUCUUUUGAUUCAAAUUGAAAACGUACAGCACAAACCAUGUCACUUUAAUUUAGA